AUGGGCAACAAGUCGAAGAAGGAGCUCCUGCUGGACAUCGAUAAGGAAGUGCAGCUCAUCACGAACGACAUAUGCGCUGGCAGCAACAUCGACGACGCGUCGGCCGAGUUCGCGAGCAACCGCCUUGCUAAGAUCUACCAUUCCGAAUCUUUGGGGCGGAUCCAAACCCUUCGGAAGUUGGACCCGUUCUGGGCGGACGAGCAGCGCAAGGCCACAGGGCAGACCGACGAGGAGAUGGACGACGAGUUCAGGGAGUUCUGGCUGGCCAUGGAGAAGAAGAAUUUCUACUUCGACCUGGACGAGAACACGCCAAACCCAGCGGCUGCGAAGUGGAGGAGGGCGAAGGCCGCCAACCAAGGACUUGCAGAUGAAUACAAGAAGAAGAAAGGGUUCAGCGACAAGGCCGCGUACCGCCAGGACUGGUUGAAACGGGAGUUCGAUAAGUGGGCGCAGCGGGUGCAGUACAAGGCUGGCGAGAUCAACGAGAAGGCUGAGUCAAAGGAUGGCCAGUACAUCUCGCUGGCCAAGAUCGCAGUCGAGGAAGGUGGAGGUAGGGCGGGCCUUCGAGCGGCCAUCAACUGGGCUCACUACUGCAUCCUCUUGGGCGGCGAGAUGCUCGAGUAUUGCGACGGCACCAAGCAGAUGAAAUAUUUGCACAUCGUCCACAGGCUCACGGACACCUACAAGAAGAUCAAUGCGAAGUGGACUACAUGGACGCAUAUGGAGGACCCAGCCCUGCCAGCGCCGACGGCGCCAGCUGGGGGCGCGCCUGCCGCGCUGCCUGCGCCCGAGGCCGCCAGCGGAGAGCCCGCCCAGGAGCCCGCGCCGUCAGCGGCCCAGCCCAAGUCCAGGGCGAGCAAGAAGAAGACUGGAGCUGCUGCUGGUGAGGAGGCGGCGCCAGCAGGCAAGAAGCGGAAGUGCAACCAGGGCGAUGACACAGGCGACGCUGGCAAGUCCACUGGUGACGGCAACGACGGCGAGCCCACUGGUGGCCACGGCAAGAAGGUGCCCACCAAAUCGCCUGCUUGGCUCGUGGAGUUCCGAAAGGUGAAGAACGUUUACAACAUAGUCACCUCGCAGGCGCGCACGGUCUCGGAGAGCAUCAAGAACGACAAGAAGUGGGCGUGGGCCAUGGCCAAGGUUUCCGACCCCAAUGACCCCGAUGGCGAGCCCAUGUCGCUUAACAAGCACAUGAAUGACGCUCUGACCGAGCAGGUGAAUGAUCUUCUCAAGAAGGACCAGCAGGUUGCGAGCCUGUUCACCGUGGAGCAGAUCGCAGAGUUCAAGAAGGGGUGCUCGUCCGAUGCUGACUUCGAGACCGCCGUGGUGCGCGCGAACAACAGCAUGACGAUGCCGCUGGGGAAGCUGCAGCUGGAGACCAAGAAGUUGCUCAGGCAGCACGCGUCCCGCAUGGAGUUCGAGGAUUCGCCUGCUAAGUAG